AUGAACUUUAUUAGAACGUUGCUAAAUACUUCUGAAAAGGAGGAAUUGGUCACAAUUCCUUCAGGUGCUUUUUUUCUUAAGCGUUCUCCACUUUCUGUCAAGGGCCAAAGCGAGUGUCUUUUCAAGGACGCCGUGGCUACUUUACGCAGAACUUCUAACCCGUUCAAUUACCAACUUGCCAUCCAACGCGUUUAUGAAGAAGGUGAAGAAGCUUUAGAAGGAACAGAUGGUGGUGAUGGUGAAGGUGGCAGAGAAAGCUCUCCUAAUGAUGAGUGGGCCUUUUUACUCGACUCUGCGCUUCAUUUAACCUACACUGCCAAUGCAGAAGAGGCCGUUGUCAUUGUGUGGCGCGAUAUUGACGGCGAUCCAGGUGACCACUUUGAGUUUGUUUGCGAUAAGACUACUCGCCCCAAGCUUUACGAUCAAUUUGAUAUUACUGCUCGUCGCUGUCAGUACGAGCGAAAAUACAACAAAUCUUAUGAAAAGGCAUCUGACGAGGAUCUCGAGGAGUUUGAUUUUGAACCCGAUGUGGUCCCUGUCAUUGAGCAAAAUGUCAUUAAGUCAGAAACUACAAUCAAGCCUGAGACUUUGACUGAGACUGAAACUGAAACACCAAUCAAAAAGGAAGCCGAGAAGGAACAAAAUGUGCCAGAAACUCCUAUUGCUGAAUCCACCCCUGAAGAAACUCCUAAAGAAACUGAAUCCAAAACUCCUUCUUCUUACCAAACAACCAAACCUGAGAUUACCAUCAUUGAGCCAGUCGAAGGCACUAAAACCUACAAUGGUGAGGCUUCCCUUCAUCUUUACGACUCUGAAGCGGGCGUUUUUGUUGAACAGCUCAAAAAGGCUGAGGUUUCCAUCUACGAUCAAGGCAACUUUGAGUACUGGCUUGAGGUUGAUAGUGAUGCCGAAAGACACAUCGGGAUGAGCUUGUCAAAUGACAUGAACCCAGUCUUUAACUACGACCAUCUGUCUUUUAUUUUUAACUUUUUUGCGGAAACAGCUGCCUUUUCGUGGCUCUUGAAGUUCCCCUCCUUUGAGGAUUUAGAAAAGUUUCAAGAACACUUUAUGGAAUCUCUUUGGGAAACCAACAACAAGACUAAGUGGACUAAGGUCAAGCCUGAUGACAGGGAAUUUUUGGCCGAUGCUUUCCAUGGCUUCUCUAUUGAAGACGAAGAGAAUGAGGAAGAAGAGGAAGAUGAAGAAGAGGAAGAUGAUGUUUACGACACUCCCAGCAAAUCAAUCAAGAAGGGUCUUCAAUACUCUGAUGGUGUUGGCGAGUACGAUGACAAUGAUGUCAAGAGAAUGAAAGGUAAAGGUAUCAACAAGGAAUUGGCUGUGGGCCAUGUUAAUGACCGAACCUAUGUUGUUCGUGACAAUAUGCUUGGUGUUUUUAAGCAAACUGAUGAUGACGAUCUUGAAUUUCAAACCACCAUUGAAAAUAUUUCUACUACAAAAGGUAAAUCUCUCAUGCCUAGCAAGAUUAUGUUGCAUACCCAGGAUAAGUCUAUUCUUUUACAAGACCCAGAGAACCUUGGUUCACUCUACCGUAUGGAUCUCGAGCGAGGUGAGGUGGUAGAAGAGUGGAAUGUUAGUGAUUCUCACAAGGUCAAUGCAUUUGCCCCCACCAGCAAAUAUGCACAAAGUACCGGCGAACAAACUAUAGUGGGUGCUUCCGAUACAGGUAUUUUUAAGAUUGAUCCACGUCUAUCGGGUACCAAACUUGUCGACAGUCAGCUUAAGAACUACGCUUCUAAGAUGAAAUUCAGUGCUUUGGCUACAACGGAGCAGGGUCACUUGGCAGUAGCAAACAGCAAGGGUGAAAUCAGACUCUACGACCGUCUUGGAAUCAAUGCAAAGACUUCGCUGCCUGCCAUGGGUGACGAGAUUAUUGGAAUUGACGUUUCCGCAGACGGAAAGUGGAUUUUGGCCACAUGCAAGACAUACCUCUUGCUCAUUGACGCCGGUCAAGAAAACGGAAAGACUGGGUUUGUUAAGAGCUUUGGCAAGGACGUUAAGCCACGGCCCAAACGUCUGCAAAUCUCGCCCCAGCACUUGGCUCAGAUGCAGAUGGAGACUGGGAAGCCUUUGUCUUUUACUAUUGCGCGCUUCAAUGCUGGUCAAGACACUCGUGAACAGUCGAUUGUAUGCAGUUCGGGUCCGUUCGUCAUCACAUGGAGUCUCAAGAAGCUGAUGCGUGGAGAUGCCAAAGACGCAUACCUUAUCCAAAGAUACUCGGAUGUCGUUACCGCAGACAACUUCAAGUAUGGAUCUGAUAAAAAUGUCAUUGUGGCGUUGGCAGACGAUGUUGGUAUGGUUGACCGACGCACGUUCCACAAGCCCACACAUGAAUCGCUUGCCACACCCAGGCGUCGAAUCCAGCCUCUGCCGCGCAAUAGUAUUGUUAACAGUCCUUACUAA